AUGGGUCUUGGAGGUCAUGUAACGCCUUUAUUUGAACUAGCAAAAGCUAUGCAACAUCAUAAUGUUACAUUUCUCACUUCAAAAUUGGCUCAAACCUAUAUUAAUUUCGAUGCUUAUACUUCGCCUUCUUUUCACAUUAUCUAUUCAAAUGAUUCACUCGAUGCAUUUUUAACAGAGAAAAAUCAGGAAGAAGAACUCUGGUCCACUAUUGCCAAUCUAUCAAUAAUUAAUGCUUGGCCAUUCGUAGUACCAGUAUUCGCCGACAUGAUCUCAUUGCUUCUCAAGAAGACCAUUCAAACGCUCACAAACGAACAUUUCGAUGUGAUUGUGUCCAGUAAAAUGAUUAUUGGUGUACCUGUUUUAUGUCAGAAGAUGAACAUACCUUGUGUUAUUCAAAGUCCUGGUGUAAUGCCCAACAUGUUCGAUUUCAAUUUACCAAAUACUUUUGCAUUGACAACAACAAAAGAUGUAACUCGACUUUCAUCACGUCUUUACAAUGUUGCUUUUACUCUACGAAUGCUAACAAAAAUAGUACCAACAAUAGUACCUACUCUCUAUCUAUUUCUUCAAUCACUUCCACAAGUACCAGGACCCUUUUAUGAUAGUUUCACAAUUAAAAAUUUACUAUUUUCAAACUCAAAAUGCUUAAAACUGAUCAGUAUGCCUAUGAGAUUUUAUGUACCCACCUAUUCAACUCAAUACACGAAAUAUUUGGGUGCAUUUGUAGAUGAGACAUUUAUUGUUGAUCAAGACACAGAUCUCAAUCAAUGGGUAAAAUCUAAACCAUCAAAAUCGAUUGUAUAUGGAGCAUUUGGUAGUACUUCACUCAUUUCUUAUAAUCGAAUGCUUAACUUAACAAUUGGACUAACAAAUUUUCUUUUACAAACAAAUCAUACUUUUCUUUUGUUAGCAUUUCGUCGUGCAAAUUUCAAUACGUAUCAAGCAGUCUUGAAAGAUUUGCAUAGUGAUGAGUUGAAGAAUCUUCUGCUCGAUAAAAAUCGAGUGCGUAUUGAAGAAGGUUUUAUUCAACAGAAAUGGGUUCUACAACAAGAAUCUGUCAAAAUAUUUUUAAGUCAUUGUGGGAUGGGAUCACUAUUAGAAUCAAUUUAUUUUGGUAAACCAAUUGUGUGUAUGCCAUUCAAUGUCGAACAAUUUUCCAAUGCAAUUACUGUAGAGAAUUUAGAUGUUGGAAAAUCAUUAUUCAUUCCACCUUCAGCUUGGCAAUCUUUCAUAGAUCCAUAUAAUUUUCCUAAUUAUGAAUUUACAUUUGAUAGUGUUACAAACAAUAUGAUGACAUUGUGGAUGAAUGGAACACAUGAGAAUGCUGUCAAGUUCAUGUCAUUGGAAAUGAAAUAUGCUGGUGGUACUAAACGUGCUGUUGAAGAAAUUGAGUUUUUUGUCAAAUUAAAUGGUGAUCUUGAUCGUUUUGAAUCAUUUCAAAGUACUUUACCAUUCUAUCAACGAUACAUGUUCGAUCUUUUACUUAUAUAUAUUGUAUUGCCAGGAACAAUAUUAUUCUUUACAAUUCGUCGAUGUUGCCAACGUUCAACAAAACAAAAACGUGAUUAA